CACCACGGCCACGUCCACAUCCACGCUCUUGGGGUCCUCUCCGUUGUCCACGUCCCCCGGACUUGUCAGCCGCCUAUCCACGGCCCAUCCACGCCGUCCACGCCCACUCACGCCCACGCAUUCCACGCAUACGCACUCGGAUCGAAACGAGGCCAGACGGAAGGCCGAUCCAUACUAACGGAAAAUCUCCAGUCCACCUCAUCCUCGCCUGAACAAAACCCCAUUCACCCCUUGGUUCCCGCUCCCGCUCCCGCCAUCAUGACUUACGACUUCACUGCCGCUGGGGGAGACGCCGUCUUGCUAGAACAACUGGCCUUCGACCAGCAAGACCACCAGCGCUACUAUCCCAUCAUCACCUCGACCCAAUCACCCCAGAACAUCACCUCGACCGCGCUGACCACCAUGUCCCAAAGCGCCCGUCAAAGCCUUAGCCCGGGUGCCACUUGGCUCCCGGCCGAUCUGUCCGGAGGAAUGAGCGCGCCCAACUCCAUCCACUCGCCAAGCAGCAGCAUGUCGCCUUCGUCGCCCGAGGACCAGAAUUGCCAGUCGCCUGGGAACAGCGUCAUGUCCAGCCCUCUUCAGCAACAACAGCACUCGCCUCUCCAGCACUCGCCUCUGCAGACCGGCACCCACUUGUUCCCCGACUGGACCGCUUUCCCCAUGCAGACCCAGCAGCAGCAGCAGCAACAGCAGCAUCAGCAACAUGUCUCUGAUAUGCCUCAGUUUAUCUCGAACGAGCCUCUGCUUGCUCUCACCAACCACUUCAUGCCCAACUUCCACCAGCCCAGCGCUUUCGAUUAUCUUCCCGCCACCACCCAGGCCGCCAUCGAAAACACGCUUCAUUUGGAGGCUCCUUUCAACCACGCCAUCUCUCCCGUCGAGGAGACCAGCCAGCAACUGCAGUGGAGCACGGGUACGGGCACGCAAAUGGCGAACUGGCAGGAUUUUGAGAUGGCCAUGAACUUCAACCAGCAUAACGAACUUGCCCGGAUGCCCAUGGGAAGCCACUCGCCCACGGGCAGCUUUCUGGAAGUUCUGUCUUUGCACUCUGGGAGCGACAAUGGCUGGGCUACCGUGGACAUGCCUUUGUUCCAGGAUUACAACAACUUUACCCAGCCCCAGCCUGCGCAAAAUACCGCCAUCUUUAACCCCGGCCAGACUUUGCACUUGAGGACCACAUCUGAACUCUCACAACAGUCCGACUUUACCGAGUUCGGAAGCUACGAGGAAGUUACCUUCCCCUACUCGCCCUUCUCCACCGAGUCCGAUGGCUUCAUGGAUAUGACCAACAACCGCCACGGUUGCUGCUCCGGUGACCACCACCACCACUCUCCUCAGCCCACUGAGAUCAGCCCCUCUUCCGCCGUUGCUCCCGUCCCUAUCAAGGCCGGCUCUUCAAGGGCCGUUACUGCUAACGGCUCUGGCUCGGUUUCGCCCCCGCCGAGGAGAAUCACUGGCCCGAGAAAGAGCCCUACUGCCAAGCCUUCCAAGACCAUCGUUCGUAGGACUAACUCGACUGGCAAGAAGGACGGCACUGGUGAAAAGAAGGUUGGCAGGCGUCGUGGACCCCUCCUUCCUGAGCAGCGUAAGCAGGCCAGCGAGAUCAGGAAGCUCCGGGCCUGCCUCCGUUGCAAGUUCCUCAAGAAGACCUGCGACAAGGGUGAGCCUUGCGCUGGGUGCCAGCCUUCUCACGCUCGUUUGUGGCAGGUGCCUUGCACUCGCAUCGAUAUCAAGGAUAUUGGUUACUUUAUGAAGGACUGGAAGGCCGACUACGAGCGUCACCUCGGCCGCGGCAUGUCCGUCUUCAACGUCAAGGGUUUCGCCCAGAAAGAGACCCUCAUGUGGAUCACCCACGGCUACGGCUUCUGCCUCCCUGUCAUGGUUCGCGAGGUGUUUGUUGCCGACGAGAGCUGCUUCCAAGUCGACUGGGUCGAGUCUACCUUGACUGACCAGGAGCCUAUCGACUUUGAGAUCCGCACUGAGCGCCUCGACGUUGGUCAUGAGGGUGUCUCAGUGGAGGCUCUCUCCGAGUACCUCGACAAGCAUGUCGAUGAGGGCUUCGAGCAGUUCAUUGAUGACCAUUUCGAAGGUACUCCCUUCAUCACCGAGCUCUUCAAGACCGCUCAUAGGUUCUACGUCAAGGAGCGCCUGCCUGUCAUUCGCAAGGCGCUCAAGCUUGUUGUGGCUUACAACCUCACUCUUCACAUUACCAUGGUUGAGCAGCCGCCGACGGAGCAGCCCAUGGAGGGUCAGAUCGAUGACGAGGAUUCCAAAUACUUUGGCAAGGUUGUCGCCCCUGUCAUGAUCAACUUCCAGAUCAAGUGCGCCAUGGCCGACAUGUGGCGUGAGCUCCAGAAGGAGGUUCUCGAGGAGCUCUCUGCUCUCUACUCUUCGGUCUACAGCGGAGAGCGUCUCAAGAACUGGCCUACUAUCUUCAUGCUGGCUGCCAUCCUCUUGGCUGUCUGGGAGGAGAUCCAGUUCGACUGCCAUUACCGUGUGCCUGACCCUAUCGCUGUCAACAAGUUCUGUGACGAUAUGGAGUCUACUCCUGUUGGUGUCAUUGUUGGCCUCUUCCACGCCAUCUCUCAGAAGCUGCCCGCCUUCACGGAGUGGGAUACUCGCAGGCAUGGUCAGCUGCUUAAUAAUAACGUUGCCGUCUGCGAGGCCAUGACCGAAGUUAGACAGCAUGUCCUCAAGCAUGAAUCCUACCUUAGGACCCGUCAAGAAACCAAGUUUGACCGCUAUGACUUUGACUCACUAUCAAACAAGUUCCUGUCGAAGCUGGUCAUUCGGGCCAACUAAGGUUGUUUUCUUGCUUGCUGCACUUUGCCUCUUUUGGUUGCGAUACCCGUUAUCCACGUUACGGUUACAGCACUUUACAGCAAAGCUCGCAAGAGCUGGUCUGUUCCGGUUUCCUGUUUUCCUCUUUAUCCUUAUCUCAUGGGGCCAUUGAGCGACGGCGUUCUCAUCUUUAUUUCUUUCUGGCUACUAUUUGCUACAGUCAACCAUCUUCUCCCUUUUUCUGUUAUUCUUUGUGGCAUUUUUUUGGCCGCGCACACUCACUUGGUGGCUGGUCACCACCGCGAACAACACGAUACGAAAUGACUGACGUCCCAUCAUGACGGAUCAAUAUUUGAUGACUACACAUUUGACGAAACCCCAACGAAUCUACACAAAACACACCAUACACUACUACGCAUACAUCGCAAAAAAGUUCAAACCAGCACGAUCUGCAUGUCUGGCACUUUUGAUAGUUUAGUUGGGAGAGAAGAAGUCGCUCACGGGAAAAGGAAGGGCAUGGGAUGAAGGAGGGUAAGCGAGUGGAAAGGGUUGUUUGAUUGGACCGAAGAAAAGCACAACUCAAAGGGGAGGAAGAGGAGGAAAAUGGGUUUGCAUUGGGUACCUUGGCGUUUUUUGUCUAUCUGAUUUGGUCUUUUUUUUUUUUUUUUUUCUUUUUUGGUU